CCCGCUGGGCCUCCGCGCGCUCCUCCCUGCCCGAUGCCGGGCGGCGCGUCAGUCUCGCGGGGCUAGGAGCGGCCGCGGCCGCGCGUCCAUUCUCCUGGGGCCGCUCGGGAGCCGCCGGCCCGGACGGGCAUGCUCUGCUCCCCGCAGGACUCGGGGUUUGGUCCAGGCACCGGAGCGGCAGGGAGGGGAGGCCCUUCUGGGUCACAAAGAUCCUAUUCACCUCGCCCUGCAUCUCCCUCGCGCUCAAAACCUCCAGUUGGGCUUGUUUCCUCUCAACUUAGGUGGUGGGGCGAGGUGACUCCAGACUCACUAGAGGCCUCUUCUUUUGCCGAGAGAUUUGAUUCCGGCAUCUGAAUUGAGCCUACCACGUAUAAAAGCUAAAGGAAAUGACGUGAUUAUCACGAGAGUGUAGUUGAGAGGCUACGUGAGUGGUGGCAGAGGGAUCGCGCGUCCAGACCCAUCAAGACUCCUGCCAUCCUAGUUGGGGAAGCUCUCAUUUUAAAAAGUAAAUACAUACAUUGAAGCUUGGGACAAGAUAUUUCUUUAAUUUCUGUGGCAAAAUUAAAGACCUGCCAUGACAAUGAAGAAGGAGACAGAAUUUGUCAUUUUCACCUAAAGAAAGAUGAUAGACAAAAAUCAAACCUGUGGUACAGGACAGGAUUCUGUGCCCUACAUGACUUGUCUGAUUCACAUACUUGAAGAAUGGUUUGGUGUGGAGCAAUUGGAGGACUAUUUGAAUUUUGCAAACUAUCUCUUGUGGGUUUUUACACCACUGAUACUUUUAAUACUCCCUUACUUUACAAUAUUUCUUCUCUACCUUACUAUUAUUUUCUUACACAUUUAUAAGAGGAAGAAUGUAUUAAAAGAAGCCUAUUCUCAUAACUUAUGGGAUGGUGCAAGGAAGACAGUGGCAACUCUGUGGGAUGGACAUGCAGCAGUUUGGCAUGGUUAUGAAGUUCAUGGGAUGGAAAAAAUACCAGAAGGACCAGCACUUAUAAUUUUUUAUCAUGGAGCUAUUCCCAUAGAUUUUUACUACUUCAUGGCUAAAAUUUUCAUCCAUAAAGGCAGAACUUGCCGAGUAGUAGCUGAUCACUUUGUCUUUAAAAUUCCAGGGUUUAGUUUAUUACUUGAUGUAUUUUGUGCUCUACAUGGACCAAGAGAAAAAUGCGUUGAAAUUCUGAGGAGUGGUCAUUUGUUAGCUAUUUCUCCAGGUGGAGUUCGAGAAGCCCUACUUAGUGACGAAACCUACAACAUCAUAUGGGGCAAUCGUAAAGGCUUCGCUCAGGUUGCAAUUGAUGCAAAAGUGCCCAUUAUUCCUAUGUUUACACAAAAUAUCCGUGAAGGAUUUAGAUCACUUGGAGGAACAAGGUUAUUUAGGUGGCUUUAUGAAAAAUUCCGCUAUCCAUUUGCUCCAAUGUAUGGAGGCUUCCCAGUGAAGUUACGCACCUAUUUAGGUGAUCCUAUUCCAUAUGAUCCAAAGAUAACAGCAGAAGAAUUAGCUGAAAAGACAAAGAAUGCUGUUCAAGCUUUGAUUGAAAAGCACCAAAGAAUACCAGGAAACAUUAUGAGUGCUUUGUUGGAACGUUUUCAUAGAAAACAAGAGGUCAACUAGAAGGUGAUUUAAUGAAUUUGUAUUAAUAUGUUUGUGUCUAUAGUACUCUUUUAAAUUUUAUAGGCUGUAUAAUAUCUUUUUAAAAAUCAUGUUAGCGUCUUUCACUGAACUUGUUUGUUUAAAGUUUGUAUUGUUGGUUUGGUGUUGCAAUCAGUUAUGUCAAAUUUAAAUAAUAGUUUGUUAUAUGCUUAAUUCAGAGAAUGAUCAUUUUCUUUUUAUAAAUUCCUGUAAUGUAUGAUAACCAUUUACAUUUUUAAAGUUGAUUUAUGAAUAACAGCAAUUUAGGUUAAACAAACAUUCCUAAAUAAUGCAUCUAAUUUUUGUAUCUGUUGCACUGAGCUAAUUUUACACAAUGGAAUGACCAAGGGUUUUGUAAAGACUAAGAAGUAAGUUAGAAGGAAAAUGCUCUUUUAUCUAUCCCUCAUUCCUUUCAUUACUUUGGGAAAAUCAUGUAAUGUUUCUGUGCUUCAACAAUUUACUUUUUAAAAACAUGUUAAUACUAUGGUGAGGAAUAUUAUUUUAACUUCUUUAUAUUUGCUGUGAUUGAUAACUAUAGAACUGAGAUUAUAACUGAAUUAACUAAACAAUACCAAGAAUUUUUAGAAGUUUAUGUAUAUAUUUCUAUGUAGGUUGUUUAAAUUAUUUCUUUAGGUAUAAUGUCAAGUUGCCAAGCACAAUAAAAAAAAUGUACUGUCUUUCAAAGUGAAUAAAAAAGAAAUUAGGAAAAGUAAAAUUCUAAUUAUUGUUAUUAUUUUUAGUAUUAUGUUUUUAAUGAGAAUCUACAGACAGUAUAGGAUAUGUUGUACAUUGUCAGCCCUAUAAUAGGCAUUUAAUAGCAUAAGGUUACAAAUUACUGUUGUGCUCUGCAUUUCAUAUGUUAGAAGCUGAUUCUAGGCUGAUAAAAGCAGAGAACUAAAGGAGGCUCUGCUUAUGCUCAGUAUUGUGAUUUAUUCAGUUUGUCUUUGCAACCAGUCAAAUGGUUUAUUGUUUCAAUAAAAAUAUACUUGAAUGAUGAAUUUAUGUGAACACAAAGCUUUCUGAAAAAUUAAUGGCUUUUGAUUUGUUGUCUCCUUGAAAUAUGAAUUUUAAAAGUAUUUAAACAGAAUAGUUCCAGAAGUCAAAUACAGUAUCUCUCUCCCUUUUUUGGCUAUUAAAUUACUUGGAUUUUUAUACAGUUUUUUUUGUAUAUCAAGUAUGUAUGUAUAUCUAUAAUGUAUAUAAAACUAAGCAACAUAAAAAUAAAAGUAAAGCUGAAAUGCAGUUCAUUUUCUUGUGAAAAUUGCAUGUGACAUAUUCUCAUUUUAAAACUGAUUUUUUUUUGUUUUACUGUUUAUUCUCAUCCACAAUCAUACUCAUCUAUUUCAGCCACCUUGAAGAAACCUUACUUUCCAAUGUAAUAAAUACACUUUAAUUUCAAUGAAAA